GCUCCUCUUCCCAUCCCAGUUCCACCUAAACUUGCAGCCGCAGCACGCUGGUCCACAAUAACAGUCCAAUUUAACCCUCACACUGGAAUAUCGGAAGAAAACUCACCAUCAAUGGACCAGAGGGAGGCUCAAUCACUAAGAGGAUCAGUCAAAAAGAGGUGCCAACUUGAAUUAAAUCAUCUGUCCACAUGCACAUUGCUACCCUUGAGAAGUGUUGGCUCAUCAUUUCAGUAACCCCUGUCUCGCUGGAUGCCGCCGGUGGAGCUGACCUUAUGAGUUACAGGACUGAUACGGUGGGCGAGGGAAAUGACCAGAGGUCUAGGUUAUGACCACACAAGAGUCUGGCAGUAAUGAACACAUCUCCGGGAAUGGCACCAUCAUCUCCAGUCUUGUUUUCGCCAUCUCUCACCCAGCGGCCCCCCACCAGUCCUGGGAGGAGGCCACCUUCACCUUUCAGAUCACCCUCUCCUUCUAUAAUGACUUCACCUAAACUAUGGCAGAAAGCUGCGAUAUCACGUCUAGCUGAGGAGUUCUUCUGGAUAGGCGGAAGUAUUGUUGCAUCGCCGAAAUGGAGAAUGGGCCAGAUAGUGGAGAGAUGCAUUUGCAACAUGCAGGCCGGGUCUCAAAUGAUUAAACUGAGAGGAAAAUCCAAGGCUCUGGUGCGCCUCUUCUACCUAGAUGAGCACAAGUCCUGCAUCCGCUGGAGGCCCUCCAGAAAACAUGAAAGAGCUAAAAUCACCAUAGACUCCAUCCAUGAGGUCUGUGAGGGGAUGAGAACUGAGGUCUUCAGGCGAUUUGCCAACAAUAACUUUGAUCCAAACUGCUGCUUCAGUAUUUACCAUGGAGACCACGUGGAAUCUCUCGACUUGGUUUCCACGAAUGGAGAAGAGGCACGGACCUGGAUUACUGGCCUUAAAUACCUCCUGGCAGGCAUCAGUGAUGAGGACAGUCUGGCGAAAAGGCAACGUACACGAGAUCAAUGGUUGAGACAGACCUUUUCAGAAGCAGACAAAAAUGGAGAUGGGAAUCUGAGCAUUGGAGAGGUUUUACAACUGCUCCACAAGCUCAACGUGAACCUUACAAAGCAGAAAGUUAAAGAAAUGUUCCAGGAAGCUGACACUGAUGAAAACCAGGGGUCAUUGACGUUUGAGGAAUUCUCUACUUUUUACAAGCUGAUCUCAACACGCCGAGAUCUUUACUUACUGAUGAUCACCUACAGCAACCACAAAGAGCACCUGGACCUGAAUGACCUUCAGCGCUUCCUGGAAAAUGAGCAAAAGAUGGUAAACGUGACCAAAGAGUACUGCAAGAUGAUCAUCAACCAGUUUGAGCCAUGUUCUGAAAACCAAACACAUAUGGUGCUAGGGAUUGAUGGUUUCACCAACUACCUGCGUAGUCCUGCAGGGGACAUCUUCAACCCAGAACACUAUCAAGUGAAUCAGGAUAUGACACAGCCGUUGACGAACUACUAUAUUGCAUCGUCUCACAACACCUACCUGACUGGAGAUCAGCUGCUGUCUCAGUCUCGGGUUGAUAUGUAUGCGUAUGUGCUUCAGGCAGGCUGUCGCUGUGUGGAAGUUGACUGCUGGGAUGGUCCUGAUGGGGAGCCGAUUGUGCAUCAUGGUUACACACUUACCUCAAAAAUCCUCUUUAAAGACGUUGUUGAGACAAUCAACAAAUAUGCAUUUGCCAAAACUCAAUAUCCAGUGAUCCUUUCUAUAGAGAACCACUGCACUGUGCCUCAGCAGAAGAAAAUGGCUCAGUACCUCAUGGAAGUGCUACAGGACAAGUUGGACCUGUCAAAUAUAAAUGCGAAUGAGUCCAGGCGUCUGCCAUCACCAGAUGUUUUGAAAGGGAAAGUGCUUGUCAAGGGAAAGAAGCUGCCAGCGAACAUUGAUGCUGAUGCAGAGGAAGGAGAUGUGUCUGAUGAAGACAGCGGUGAAGAGGAGGAGGAGGAAGAGGAGCAAAUGAAUGGAGAUACCACAGAAGGAACAGCAGAGACGGGCGAUGAAUCAAAGAAACGCUCACGGAGGUUGUUCAUGGACAGCUUCAGGCGCAAGAAGAAAAAACGGGUCAAGUUAAAAAAGAAGCCCAUGCUGAGUGACUCUGAUAAUGAGCAGGAAAUUCCAAGCAGUAAUGAUAAACAGGUCAUCAACUAUGGCAAACGGAGGAAAACAAUGAGACUUUCUCGUGCCCUGUCUGAUCUGGUAAAAUACACAAAGUCAGUUCGAGUUCAUGAUAUUGAAACUCAAGCAUACAUGUGCAGCUGGCAAGUGUCCUCCUUAAACGAAAGCCUAACUAACCAGAUUCUGCAGCUAAAGCCUGCCCAGUUAGUUCGCUUUAAUCAGCGACAGCUCUUACGAGUCUACCCUUCCAACUACCGUGUUGAUUCUAGCAACUUCAAUCCUCAGCCUUUUUGGAAUGCAGGAUGUCAUUUAGUCGCUCUCAACUAUCAAACAGAAGGCCGUAUGCUACAGCUGAACAGGGCAAAAUUUGCAGCGAAUGGAAACUGCGGCUAUGUACUGAAGCCAAAAUGCAUGUGUAAAGGUGCCUUUAAUCCUAUGCUGGAAGACCCUUUGCCAGGACACAGGAAAUCUCAGCUAGUGCUCAAGAUAAUUAGUGGCCAGCAGCUACCGAAGCCAAAAGACUCCAUGUUAGGGGACAGAGGAGAGAUCAUAGAUCCCUUUGUGGAAGUGGAGAUUAUCGGAUUGGCUAUUGAUUGCAAUAAGCAGCAGACAAGAGUAGUGGAUGACAAUGGUUUUAACCCCAUGUGGGAGGAGACACUAGUGUUUACACUGCAUAUGCCUCAGAUUGCCUUAGUACGCUUUAUGGUUUGGGACCAUGAUCCAAUUGGACGAGACUUCAUUGGACAGAGAACCAUAGCAUUUAAAAGCAUGAUGCCAGGCUAUCGACAUGUUUAUUUAGAAGGUAUGGAAGAAGCAUCUAUCUUUGUCCAUGUUGCCAUUAAUGACAUCACAGGAAAGGUCAAAUCAAGCAAUGCAGUGAAGCAGCUAAUCCAGAAAAACCUUAUGCAGACCUCUGAAGAUGGCACAAGGACAUCUUUUGGCCCAAACUUCCUUCGAAAAGGUGCUAGAAAGACCCAAACAAAUGUGAAGGGCUCAGCCGAGUGCUACAUCAAAGAGGACUUUCUAAACAGACGUUACAGCGAUGACGUGAGCUCGAAGGACAGCAGGAGCACCUCACAAUCUGAAUCUUUGCUCAGAGGAGCUCAAAGCGAACCCCUGAGAAGGGCCCAUAAGGUCUGUUUUCAGGAGCCAGGAGGAUCUCAUGAGGCACGGCGCCGCCUGUCCUCCAUCACAUGCUCUGGUGGAGCAGGAGUUGCUAUAGGCUACACCAACUUAGUUUUUGAUUCAGAAACAGACAUUCAGACUGCUGUGGUUCAAUCACACCUUGAGGAUACCAAAGAGUUGACUGUUCCAAAACAGAAUAAACAGGAAUGUGAGUCUACAGAUGUAGCGAUAUCUAAGAUGAAGGUUCCCGCUUCUACACAGAAUAAUCAGCCCUCAGGUGUUAAAUCUGUCACUGAGGCUUCAGAGCAGGAACCUGAGAUGUGUGAACCUCAAGAGCAUCAGUCAGAACCUACACAAGUGUGUGAACCCUUAAAUUUCCAUCCAGUACCUGACGGAGUACUAGAUCCUUCCAGUGGAGUGUUAAACACCAGAAACGUGGUGCUCGGGAAUAAAUUUGGACGCUCUUUAGAUGGUAAGCUUAACCCUCAGUGGCAGCCGUUAUCAAUCCCUGCAACCCCUGUGCUAAGCAGACGCAGGAACGAUCCAGACGCACCAUCUUCCAAAGAUUCCCCAUUUAAAGGACGCAGAUCACAAAGCGUCCCAAGACGCCGUCCGCCCUCGCCGCCAAACACACCCCAUCGCGUUAGGAAAGACUUCCUCAACCAGUACCCUCUCCCUCAGUGCAGUUACUCUGCACCCAAAAACUCUUUUCCUAAUAACCACAGCCUCGCUGAGAGUGAAUCAAGCAGCCUAAGUAGUUUGGACAGCCUUGACCUGAGUACUCUGCCGUCCCGUUUCCCUGACAACCAGCAGCAGACAAUGGGCACACUGCAGAGGGAAAUGAAUGCCCUGUUUGAGCAGAAAAUGCGUGAGAUUCGUUGCCAUUCGCCACUGUUUUUCAGAGAAUCAUCAACACUGUAGAAAAAACACGCAUGUGAAAUCUAAGAAGAAACAGAAAUAACAAAAUUCCACAAUGCGAUUACAGACAUGGACAGAUGCUACAGGAAGAAAAGCAACUGCAUAAAUACAUUUGUAUUUUGAACAAGAAUUAUCUUGUUUAAAUCUUAUUAAUUGGCUAAUGCCAUCUGGGCUCAUAAUUCAUGUUUUUUUCUAAAGGGUUACAUUUGGUCUUUUGCAUUUGGAAGCUGCAUUUCACAGUUUAAAGGGGUCAUCGGAUGCCCAUUUUCCACAUUUUGAUAUGAUUCUUUAGGGUCUUAAUGAAAAGUCUGUAAUAUACUUUGGUUAAAAAUUCUCAAUGGUUGUGUAAAACAACACCUUUUUUACCUUGCCAAAAUCAUCUCUGCAAAAAUCAUCCUGUUCUGGUCGAGGUUGCUUUAAAUGUUAAUGAGCUCUGCUCGCCCCACCCCUCUCUUCUCUUUGUGGAGUGACGAGCCUGUUUACUUUAGCUGCAUUUAGCCACUAAACUUGCUAACUAACAGGUUAUUAGGAAAGGCGAUUGCAAAGAUUCAUAAAAAACCCUUUUACUCACUUCUGCUGUAAGUGAUGCUGGAUCAUGAAUGAUUUGCGCGAACAUAGACGUGCUUAUGUAGAUUGGGAGGCGCAUUCUCUUCACAAACAAAUGUAAUCUACUGCAUCUUCAGCGGCUCAGAUGUCGGGAGUAAAUGACAACCACUAUGUUCAUUAUUACAUCCAGCAACACAACACCUCAAUCGCUCAAUCUGAGAUAUUCUUGUCUAUCUUACAUCCCUGUUCCGGCAUCGACACAAUGGAGGUCAGACUGUUACAGCUGAUUUAGGACAGGUCUGAGGUAAGACGCUCACGUCAAUCAACUAUCGUGGGACCUCUGUCAGUGCUACGCCACACCGAAAGGCAUCUGGGAAUGGCUCUCUUUGAAAAAGGGGAUAUUAUUUUACAAAUUAAUUAAAAACCACUGCAUGGAUUUUUAUCAUUAUAGGGUAGAUUUGUACAUACACUGCCAAUACACAUUAAUGUUCAAACAACAUGUAAAAGUGAACUUUGCAUCCGAUGACCCCUUUAAAACUAAACAUACACUGCCAUUCAAAAGUUUGGGAUCAGUAAGACUUUUUUUAAACAAGUCUCUUAUGCUCCUUGGUGCUGCAUUUACUUGAUCAGAAAUACUGAAAAAAAAGUUAAUUUACAUCGUAAUAUUAUUUCACAAUUACAUUUUUUUCUGUAUUUUUGAUCAAAUAAACAGCCUUGAUGAGCAUUAGAAACUUCUUUAAAAACAUUACAAAUCUUACUGAUUCCAAACUUUUGAAUGGCAGAGUAUGUUUCUUCUCUUGUUUUAAAAAACAAAUGCAAUUACACAUGUGUUAAAUCAGGUUUAUUAAUUCAUUAAUAUACAUGGUGCCAGAAUGCAUACCUUUUUGUGACCGUAAGAGUUUUUUUUUUUACAUAAUUUUAUGUAUUUUUCCCAUGUUUGGAUUACAAAACAACUGUAAUAUGUUACUUGUUUCACUUUUUCAUAGACAUUUUCCUUGCAUUUCCUCUGGUGUACAGAAUUUGUUAACAAACAUAAAAUCAAAUUUACUCUUUGUUCAGUUGUCUGCUAUCUUUGUCAUUCAUUAGCAAAAUAGAUUUCAUAUUUAAGAUUUAGACUCAUAAUGCUGGUCUAAAAAUCUGUUUCAAGAUGGAAUGCAUGAGAAUAAUCUAA